UUUAAUCGGUUGCAUUUCAUUACUAAAAUAUAUUUUUCUACCAUUGUGCGAAAGCAUAUACAAACAUCUAGUUAUCUAGAUGUAUGUCUCAGCAAUGACGUUCAUAUUUUAAGAACUGCAGUCUGAUAGUUUUCUGGAUUAAGCUACUGUUUAUGUUGUUGUGUUGAGAUGCCCAUGUGAUCAAGUAUGGACACUCUUAAGGAAACAUUUAAGGCUUUGUCAAUUGCCAGGAGACUGCAGCCAAGUGAGCCCACGUAUCUUUUAGACCUCUCUCUUUCAACCAGCGGUGGGUCUGCUGCAGGAUCAGAUGUUCUAGCUGUGUGCUGCUCUAAUCACUCUGUGCACCUUCACAGCAGAGAGACACUGCGCCUGCUGAGCGAGUUUCAAGGUCACACGGCUCCUGUGUGCGGGGUCCGUUUCUCUCACCUCUCCCCUCACCUGCUGUUCACCGGCUCUGCUGAUGGGACACUGCUGUGCUGGGACGUAAGACGAUCCUGUUCAGAGUCAGACUCCGCCCAGGUGUUCCGUAGCGAUUCGACACAUUCUUACUGCUCGUUUGACGUGAGCUGCAAUGAUCGUGUGCUGUGCGCAGGCACAGAGCAAGUGGGAGAGGACAGUUUUUUAGUAUUCUGGGAUGCUCGCAUGGUUCAGGAGGGGGAUGAGAUGGGCUCAAAGCAGGGCGGUCUGCUGGGCGUGUACUCUGAGUCACAUAGUGAUGACAUCACUGCUGUACAUUUCCACCCACAGCGAGCAGACCGGUUGGCCUCUGGAGCUACAGAUGGAUUGGUGAACAUUUUUGAUCUGAGUUUGGGAGGAGAGGAUGAUGCUCUCUUCACCACAUGUAACUGCAAUUCCUCCGCCAGCUCCCUUUGCUGGACAGGCAAAGAUCUUGACCAGCUGCUUUGUCUGACCCACGAUGAAGGGCUACACCUGUGGGAUGUGGCUCACCCAGACAGCGAUGACACUUUGACCCUUCUGAGUUUCACUGACGCGCGAACACUUGUCCAGCUCCCUGAUGGAGCCUCACUUGAGUACUUUGUGGGUGGAACAUGGCUACCAAAUGAGGGACGUAUUCUUUUAGUCGGAGGGUCUAAUUGUGGUGAGCUCCACCUGGUUGACUGUAGCGGAGGUGGUCUGAGGUUAAUCAAAUCCCUGAAAGGGGGUCACUCUGCCACAGUGAGAUGCUUCCAGUGGGACGUGAACCGUCAAUCUCUGUUGACGGGCGGGGAGGAUGGCCAGCUGUUGCAGUGGAAGGUGGGAGCAGAGGAGAUUAGUGUGGGAAAGAAAGAUACUCUGAAAAGCAUUUCUUCCAUGCAGCUAAAAACUAAAGCCCACAGAAAACAUGCUCCAAGGAAAGACUAUUCCUCCAAGUUAUUAUGAUAAAAAAAACUCAAAUUCCAGAAAAACUGACACUGUAGUUUUGCAAAAUUUUAAGAUGCAUGGCAUUUUAUGUUGUAUAUGAUUUGUAAUGUUUUGUCUAUUUGAAAGCAAUUGUGUAGCUUUUGCUAACCAGACCAUUUUGAUCUUUGCCAUGGGGUAACGUCAAAGCCUUGUAUAUUUUAAGUUAAGCAGAUUGCAGCAGUAGACAUUUUAUGACAAUAAAACCAACCAUUUACAUUUUAAAAUAAAUAAAUUAUAUAUAAUACAUUUCUACCAUUUGUACUUGUUCCAGUGCUUUCAUCUGACAAAAAAACAUCAAGUAAUGUGUUCUCCAUACUGCAAAAAUUCUUUAAAACUUGGAUGUCCACUGUGUUAAGAGACUUAUGACAGAAAUUGGGGAUCAAAAAUAAAGUACAUUUACGAACUGUACAAAGUUGAUGCUUUAAUUUUUAUCAUAUGGACAUUCUUAGCUGUUUUUCCUUAUAAAGCACAUUGUCUUGAUUAUUUACUAAUUUGCACCUGCAUUCGCAUCAUGGGGAAACUAUUUUUUAUAAAAGGAGGGGAGCCCAUAUCAGAAACAGACUGACUUCGCCUACUUAUACUACGCACUUAAAGUAUGCACUGUUUCUGUUAUGGAAAAGUAUAUACAGUUGGGGACAAAAAUAUCAGCCCCCUAUGAGCAAAGAAUGCUGUGAAAAUAAAUCUGCAUUGUUUCUCCUUUUGAUUUUUUAAUAAAAAAAUUC